GCGUGAGGGAGUGCCGACCCGCGCUGCCACUCGCUCCACCACGCUCUCGCUCCCGCCAACAACACUUUCGUCUCUGCAGGUGUGUCUCUCCCGCAUAACACCUGUCAGCCGUCACGGAGGCGAUUCAAAGUUGUGUGACGGAAGUGACGCCCCCCCCUCCCCCCUCUCCAGCACGAGGGACGCCACUAGACAUCGACUCUGCGGCGGCCGAUCAGUACCUGGGCUGUGGUGUAGGGUAGUGGAAAGAGAAAAUUAAAGAGAAACAAGAGAGAAGCAGAGAGAAACGAAGAAAAAAAAAAGAGAGUUUAGUGUUGUGUGAGUCUGUGUAAGUGUUCGUAAUUCUUUUGACAGACAAGUGGCUCGAAGUUCAAAAGAGUGAUAUGACCAUGAUACGCCUCGAGGGAAAAUAGGUCCUUUCUCAAACUGCUGUGAAAUACUUUUGCUGAGCUCCGUCGCCCCUCGCCGCCGCCAUAGGUCUCCUGGGCCUGACGGUGUUCACUCGAUGGACACCGUCAAAGGCAAACUCCCGCUCUUCCUCUUCCUCCUCCUCCUCUUCCUCUUCUUCCACCUCAAAAUCCCUCAAAACGAUGUCUCUACAUCGGUCCUCCUCCACGUCUUCCUUCUCGAGCUCUUCCUCGACGCUGCUCCUCCACCCGUUGGACAUUCACUUCCUGGCCGAGCCUUAUGGGCCGCCGCCCCCGCCCGGACCCGCGCAGCCCGAGCCCUUCCAGAUGGGUCCUCCUGAGGGCCCCCCGCCCGCCAUUGUCUCCUCCCCCGCCUAUAUCACCACUUCAUUCUCGGCCAGGAUCCUCGAGGGGCAGUCCUCUCCCGUAGGAGGAGCCGCGGAGGACGUGGGGGACCCCGCCGUGGGGGGGCUGGCGCAGUACAAAGCGAUGUCGCUGUCUACAUCGCCCGCAAUGCCCGCCAUGCCCACCAGCCUGCCCACCACGCCCACCUCCCAAGUACCCAUGAAAACGAGUAACCUUCCCAAAGUACAGGUUUGCGGGCGGGCGGGUGUGUGGUGGGCGCUGAAUGCGGGCGUUUUGCUGCUCUAUCGCGACAUGCACGCCCGCGGACAGUGUUCCUGCGUGCGGGCGGAGGUCGUUCCACUACACAAGGUGCCCGGUCCACUCCAGGCGGCGAUGGUGCUGGAACAGGAGGACUUCUCCGAGACCCACGCCCUUCUGCCAGUGUUCGCUGGCUUCCACAAUAACAUCAGAAAGUUUUUGGAGGUCAUUUACAGAUAUGACCAUGAGAACUGCAUCAUCUGCAUAACGAAGGUUGUUGAUCUUGCAACCAUUGAUAACUAUUCCUUCCUGGCAAUCUUCAACAACAACCUUGAUUUUGAACAGUUCGAAGUGUCGGACCACCUUAUUAAAAGCUUUUUGAUAGUUAGUGAAGACCAGGUAGAUGUUUUGGUUGUGUUGGAUGGCUCUCUCGGCAAGUAUUCUGAUGACGAAGAUUCCUUUAAUGCUUUAAGAAUAAGCGACAUUAGACUAAUUGUGCGAUAUUGUGAGCACUCAAGUGUUUCUGGGAGCUUCGGUAGGGCAAUGAAUACCGAUUCCAUCAUUUGUUUCCUAGAUAUCAUUUGGGAAGUUCUAGAUGAGAUCAAUGCCUUCUCUCCUAAGGCCCUGAGCAUUUCGAUGUCUACACCGUCAGGACCUGCACUUUUCCCAGAUUUAAUUUGCUUCUAG